GGAAGGUCCUCGGAAUUAGUAUAUAUAAGCUUUGCUUCCUCGAAGUAGGCUCUCUUUUAUUGUUUGUUUCGGGUCAUUACUUUUUUACACAAAUGAACGGGUGCAGAAGGAGUAGCAAGUCGCAUGGUGAAUGCUUUACUUUGAGUGGGUGUAAACAUAACACUAUGCGUGUUCUCAAUGUAGCCCCGGUCAUGUUGCUCGGCUUGAUCUUUUUGUGGUGCUACUGGGCAUACCACUUUCGGCUUUGCGGGAAGCUGUUAGCCGAUGGCCGGAUCGCCCAAGGAGCGCUAUAUGUUGUAUUUUUCCAACCUUUCUUCUUUUUAUGUAUAUGGUCUUUUUAUAAAACGAUAUCCACGUCUCCCGGACGUCCACUUGAUGUGAUCAAUGAUCGAGAAUCCCAGGACGAGGACCGAGAAGACGUCCAGUUAUUAAAUGCUGGUGAGCAACAACAAAACCAUAACCACGAUGACGAUGAAGAGCUUGGCGACGAAGAUAAUGAAGAAGCACAACGACGACAAAGUAUCGCGAUACUGAAUGUCGAGGCCGCAGGCGAGUCUCGCACCAGUCUCGCACGACCAUCCUCCUCCCACGACCGCUACAUUAACAACAGCAGCAACAACAGUGCAUCAAACAUGCGUAACGUAUAUCCACUUAUCACUGUGAAGCGAAGCGGUGGAAAACGAUUUUGCUCAAAAUGUCGAGUAGAAAAGUUUGAUCGAACGCACCACUGCCGAAUGUGUAAAAGUUGUAUUUUAAAAAUGGAUCACCACUGUCCAUGGGUGAACAAUUGCGUGGGAUACUUUAAUUACAAGUUCUUUUACUUGUUUAUCCUCUACGCCACUCUUGUCUGUAUAUAUGUUUUUAGCACCACUUUACCACCUACGAUCGAGAUGCUCAAUGGACCCAUGAGUAUCUUUGGGCUUGACUUUAAUUGGCCAGUGCUACUCUUUGUGUCUGGUCUGUUUGGUGUAUUCCUGGUGCCUUUCACCAUAUUCCACACACGACAAAUUCUCAAGAACCGAACAACGAUCGAGUUCUAUGAAAAGGCGAACUUUAAGCUUGGACGUACAGCGAAUGGUCGUGUGGAUGUCAUGCGGAGUCAAUACUUUAAUCCAUGGGAUUUGGGAACAAAACAAAACUUUAUACAGGUAAUGGGGGCGAAUUCCGCAAAAUGGUUUCUACCUGUCGGUAAACCUCGAGGGAAAGGAAACCACUUUCCGAUCAGUGAAUAUGCGUACAAUACCUUAUCGACGGAUGCAGACGACCAGCUGGACUCAUUUUAGCCGUGAUUACACGCAGCACAUGUAGAAUGAGUGAUGGGCGUGGUGCGUGCGUGAUCAAUGCCAGAUGUAACAGCAGGCGGACUUGGUAUGCAUGUGUGUGAUCCUUUAAGAGCUUUUGGGACCUGGGUUGCCAAGUCAUAAUCCUCCGGACCAUGACGA